AUGACAGUGGAUAGGUACUACGUUAUUAGUCGACCAAUCCGCUCAAGGCAUGAUCGUACACCGAAAAUGGCAAUCAUUGUUAAUGUCCUUAUUUGGAUAGCAAGAUUGGGCGUUCCUUAUCCCAUGCUAAAAACGUUUCGUACUAUGCGUGAACGCAAUUGGGUCUAUCCGAUAUGUAAACAUAUGAGAUUACCUACACAGACCCUCUAUAGACCGGUCUGGAAACGGCUAUUGUUCAAAGGUGUGAAUGGGACCAAAUCUGAAACAGUGCGGGAUACGCCUUUCCGCGAAGCAUGCUCAGCUGAUCACUGUUCUUUUUUAUUACACGUUCCAAUAGCCAUGUAUUUCCAGGUGUAUAAGGAAGGGACUAUGACUAUAUGUACGGAGUUGUUCCCGUCUGUGCUGUCGUCAACUAUCUACCAGGCGUAUAGUUUAGUAAUGCUGUAUCUACUGCCGCUGUUCAUUAUUGCUAUCUGCUAUGCAUUUAUUUUAAAACAAGUGUGGAAAGUACAAUCUUUAAUUAUAUAUGACGAUGGUCUUGCGAAACAGACAAUGAACCGAAAGAAAAAAGUGACUCGCACUGUACUCAUCGUUGUUCUUUUGUUUGCGGUUUCGUGGGGUCCCAUCCAGGCCGUCAACUCUUGGCUACGAUUUGAUAUGGGGAAUUACCCAUUUGAAUCAGUGCCUCUGGCAUAUUUUAGAAUAUUUUGCCUUUGUCUCGCGUACUCCAACUCCUGUGUCAACCCAUUUGUGUACGCGUUCACGGGAAACAACUUUAGACGAUACUUCAAAAGAAUAUUUCAUAUAACGGAUGGCAGUAAGAAGUUUGACAAAUAUCACACCACUGUUGUGUACAGUCGUCAUGGUAAUGGCAGAAAGGUCAAUAAUGACGCAAGAAAACCGCUUGAAGAAACUUCCAUUUGA